UGCAGCAGGUGAGGGCAUUAGUUUUGUGUUGUGUCAGGGCUGAGCAGAGUUUAGAUUCUGACUUUAUAGGAUGGCUGGGAUGGCGGUGAUGUUGCCUCAGGCAGGGGGCCAGACUGGAUGAGCUCUGGAGGUCCCCUCCACCCGACUUCUCUAGGACUUGAUGAAUUCUUCUGUUGCCAAGACCCCAGAAAGCCCACAGCAGACGGAUGGGCAGAACACGGAUUCCUGUGUGCAAUCUCCGGGUUUGCCUGGAGUUGUGUCUCUGCACCCGACCCCGCUACCAGCUUGUGGCACCGCAAGCCCCAGGCGCUGUCUAAUCCCCGUGUGCUGGGGACCGGGCCUGGUACAUGGACCCCUCCCAAGCUCCGCGCUGCUGGCCUGGCGCUGGGGGAGAGGCCGUCCCGAGAGGCGACGCGCCAGAAUUCGCGCGGGAAGGGGCCGCUUGCAGUUCCCGCGGUUGUUCUGUGCAGGGGGCGUGGCCAGGCCAGCAGCUCCGGCCAAUGGCAGCGCGGAGGGGACGGGCUUGGCCCCUCUUCCCGCGUUCAUGUACAAUGGAGGGCGUGGCCCGGCGGGCACUCGGACCAAUGGGAGCGCGGAUCCGAGGCCGGCUCGCGCUGCCAUUGGUGGGCGCGGCGUUCGGGCGCCAAGUUCGAAGGGGGAUAUAAAGGGUCUCGGCCGCCGGCGCCAGCUCCUGCCCUGCGCCCUGUCACAGCUGCCGCCACCAGCACCAGCAUCCUGCUGCAGCCCGCCCGCGCCCCGCUCUCGGCCCGCAACGACCAGCCGCGCCUGUCGCCCAUGAAGCACCUGGCGCUGAGCGACAAGGAGAACACGCCACCGGCGUUGAGCAGCACGCGGGUCCUGGCCAGCCGCGCGGCGCGGAAGAUCUUCCAGGACGCGGACGCCAAGCCGGCGCCGCCGGAGGCCGUCCCGCACCGGGAGGAGGACGAGCCGCUGUUGCGGGAGAAUCCGCGCCGCUUCGUCAUCUUCCCGGUGCAGUACCACGACGUGUGGCAGAUGUACAAGAAGGCUGAGGCCUCCUUCUGGACCGCGGAGGAGGUGGAUCUUUCAAAAGAUAUUCAGCACUGGGAGUCCCUCAAGCCUGAGGAGAAAUACUUCAUAUCACAUGUCCUAGCCUUCUUUGCAGCAAGUGAUGGCAUUGUAAAUGAAAACUUGGUGGAGCGUUUUAGCCAAGAAGUGCAGAUCACAGAAGCUCGCUGUUUUUAUGGCUUCCAGAUUGCCAUGGAAAACAUUCAUUCAGAAAUGUACAGUCUGCUUAUAGACACUUACAUAAAAGAUCCAAAAGACAGGGAAUUUCUUUUCAAUGCUAUUGAAACUCUGCCAUGUGUUAAAAAGAAAGCUGAUUGGGCUUUGCGUUGGAUUGGAGACAGAAAAGCAACAUAUGGAGAACGUGUAGUAGCUUUUGCAGCAGUGGAAGGAAUCUUCUUUUCUGGCUCUUUUGCAUCCAUUUUUUGGUUGAAGAAAAGAGGAUUAAUGCCUGGACUCACUUUUUCUAAUGAGCUCAUCAGUAGAGAUGAGGGUUUGCACUGCGAUUUUGCCUGCUUAAUGUUCAAGCACUUGGUGCACAAACCUUCAGAGGAAAGAGUAAAAGAAAUAAUCUCCAAUGCAGUCCUCAUAGAGCAGGAAUUCCUGACUGAGGCAUUACCUGUAAAGCUGAUUGGCAUGAAUUGCACUUUAAUGAAGCAGUACAUUGAAUUUGUAGCUGACAGACUUAUGCUGGAACUGGGAUUUAGCAAGAUAUACAGAGCAGAGAAUCCAUUUGACUUUAUGGAGAACAUUUCACUUGAAGGCAAGACAAACUUCUUUGAAAAGAGAGUAGGAGAAUAUCAGAGGAUGGGAGUCAUGUCGAAACCUACAGAUAACUCUUUCACUCUGGAUGCAGAAUUUUGAAUGAACUGAGACCACUUAGGCUGCAAUGUGGAUGCCCAGCUGUUUGAACGGAGCAUUGACUCGAGUCGCAUAUUAUGUACUAAAACACCAUUCUUAUAAAGUGUGGUGGCAUUAGUAUUUUUUGAGGAGGGUAGGAUAGCUACAGCAGUAUAAUUGUUAGUAGAUAUUGUAAAUGGUGCUGACUCAUAGAGUACUUAGGUGUGUCUCCACUCACUUUGAGAGAGAUCAAGUGCCAUCCUGCAAUGUGGGAGGUUAUAGGCGGAUACCACUAGCUCCUGGAAUUCGCCCAACAAAGCCAAAAAACUUGGGGAAAUGGUAUAGUCUAACUUUAACUUCUGGUAUUUGGCUUUGGAUGCAACAUAGAAAACUGCAUAGGAAAUCGCAUGAUCUCGGUGCUUCUUAGCAGGUUUUAAGUUUACUUUUUACUAUUUUUAAUAGUUUGUACAUAAACCUGGCACUUUAAUAUUCAAAAAUAAAGAAAUGUCUUGUAAUAUUCUUGGAAAAUUGUGAAACACAAGCUUAUUCUACUCUAAUUUUUAGAUACAGCCUUAAAUGGUAUAACUUCAUACACUUUUUACCUGUGUAUAUAACUAAGUAUUGGAGUUUGAAUCGAGACUUGUUUCUGAA